UUUUUUAUUUUAUUCUGUUUAUCUAUCGCACUUCACACAAAUAAAAUCCACUUCGCCAUCAAACUCUGUGGUUUUUCUUAUUGUCGCUCAGCCGUGCGUUCUGUUGUUUUCUUCUUCAAUCGAAAAGAAAGUUGGAAAACCCUAGCUUUUUUUUUUUUUUUCUAAAAAGAGAAAAUUAAAGGGUUAGGCUUUGGCUUUUCUUUGAAGCUAUGACGACGUCGUUUGGAACUGCGACGAGUACCUUCAUGCCGACUGAUCCAAAGAUUCGAGUGCAGAGCUUCACGGGGUUGAAAUCUUCUCAUUCCAUAGCAUUGACGAGGAAUCUUCGUGUCUUUCCGGUUCCUUUCUCUAGUCGUUCUCUCAUUAGAGCUGUCUCUACGCCAUUGAAGACUGAAACGACUACCACAGAGCCAAAGCGAAGUAAAGUUGAAAUAUUCAAAGAACAAAGCAAUUUCAUUAGAUACCCUCUUAACGAGGAGAUAUUGACAGAUACCCUAAAUAUAAACGAGGCUGCAACACAAUUAAUUAAGUUCCAUGGGAGCUAUCAACAGUAUAACAGAGAUGAGCGCGGUACAAGGUCUUAUUCAUUCAUGCUUCGUACUAAAAACCCUGGUGGGAAAGUCUCAAACCAACUCUACUUGACCAUGGAUGAUCUUGCUGACCAGUUUGGCAUUGGAACUUUACGUUUGACCACGAGGCAAACCUUUCAGCUCCAUGGUGUUUUGAAGAAGAAUCUCAAGACCGUAAUGAGCACCAUUAUUAAAAACAUGGGUUCAACUCUUGGUGCAUGUGGGGAUCUCAAUAGGAAUGUGCUUGCUCCUGCUGCGCCUCUAAUGACAAAAGAAUACCUGUUUGCACAGGAAACUGCUGACAACAUUGCUGCACUGUUAACUCCUCAGUCGGGUUUUUACUAUGAUGUGUGGGUGGAUGGGGAGAGAUUCAUGACAUCGGAACCUCCAGAAGUUGUGAAAGCUAGGAAUGAUAAUUCUCAUGGAACAAAUUUCCCUGAUUCACCAGAGCCUAUAUAUGGGACUCAGUUCUUGCCAAGGAAGUUUAAAAUUGCUGUGACUGUGCCAACUGAUAACUCAGUGGAUAUUCUCACAAAUGAUAUUGGCGUUGUGGUAGUUUCCGAUGAAAACGGGGAGCCUCAGGGGUUCAACAUAUAUGUUGGUGGUGGCAUGGGAAGAACCCAUAGGCUGGAGACCACUUUCCCACGUUUGGGAGAACCACUGGGUUAUGUGCCAAAAGGGGACAUUUUGUAUGCUAUUAAAGCCAUUGUUGCUACACAACGUGAUCAUGGCAGAAGAGAUGACCGUAAAUAUAGUAGAAUGAAAUAUUUGAUCAGCUCUUGGGGGAUUGAAAAGUUUAGAAGUGUUGUUGAGCAAUAUUAUGGAAAGAAAUUUGAGCCUUUCCAUGAGUUGCCUGAAUGGGAAUUUAAGGGUUACUUGGGAUGGCAUGAGCAGGGUAAUGGUGCUUUAUUUUGUGGUCUCCAUGUAGAUAAUGGUCGUGUUGGAGGAAAAAUGAAAAAGACACUGAGGGAAGUAAUAGAGAAGUAUAAUUUAAAUGUGCGAAUCACCCCAAACCAAAAUCUUAUUUUGUGUGACAUUCGUAGUGCAUGGAAGCGUCCUAUUACCACAGUUCUUGCUCAGGCUGGCCUGCUGCAUCCUAGAUAUGUGGACCCCCUGAACAUAACUGCUAUGGCAUGCCCAGCUUUCCCACUUUGUCCAUUGGCAAUAACUGAAGCUGAACGAGGCAUACCUGAUAUCCUCAAGCGGGUCAGAGCUGUCUUUGAGAAGGUCGGCCUCAAGUACAAUGAGUCUGUGGUGAUAAGGAUAACUGGCUGCCCUAAUGGUUGUGCUAGACCAUACAUGGCUGAGCUUGGGCUGGUUGGUGAUGGUCCCAACAGCUACCAGAUUUGGCUUGGAGGAACACCCAAUCAAACCCAAUUAGCAAGAAGUUUUAUGAAUAAAGUCAAAGUUCAGGAUCUUGAAAAAGUUUUUGAACCUUUGUUCUACUACUGGAAACGAAAAAGACAACCCAAAGAAUCAUUUGGCGACUUCACAACCCGCAUGGGAUUUGAAAAACUUAAAGAGCUGGUGGACAAAUGGGAAGGUCCAGAGCAAGCACGAGCAAGGUAUAACCUAAAGCUAUUUGCUGAUAAAGAGACAUAUGAAGCUAUGGACGAGCUUGCAAAGGUGCAGAACAAGAGUGCUCGUCAGUUGGCAAUAGAAGUCGUACGCAAUUUUGUUGCUACCCAUCAAAACGGUGAAAGUGAACGAGUCAUUUGAGAUAUUGCUGCUGCAGUGCUGCUGCAUUGUCCACCAACCAAAUUACCGGUGUCUCUUUCGGACUUGUUACUGUUCGGUAACAUCUGGAACGGAUGAAAUGUGGAUUUUUUGAAGUCAAUUUUGUAUUCAAGUUUUGGUAUUGUUUUAGCUUUAUACAGGAUCUGGAUUCUCUAUAAAUUAUUGUGAGCUAAUCUGUCCUAUUUUCUUGAGUUGGAGAAGGAUUAUCUAAUUCGUUUUAAGCU